ACAGGUCUAUCACAGAGAACAACAAGUGGCAGAUUGUGUCACAACAAUCAGCGACCGAUACUUUGCUUCCAACCACACUCUGGUUUACUCAAUUUCAAGCAGGGCUCGCUCCUUCUCAGCCUCGUUACGAAACAUAUCUGCCAGUGGGGAGUUCGCUGGAAGUUGGGUGGAAGUCCUGUUGGAAAGCAUGCAUUGGAUGGCACGAUGGCCGAUUAUCGUGUCUUGUCCAACAGGCGAAUUGAUGAAACAUGAUGACACAAAGUAUGAUGACAAUCACGGCAGCUACGUGUUGACCACGGCCUACCCGUGCAGGGAGAAGAGCGAAGCGCUGCUUGACGUAAGAGAGCAGAUCCAGCGACUGGAGUCUUAUCCUGCGUGGGACCCAAGACGCCGCUUUGUUGUGAUCUUGGUAGAAGAAGGAAACAACUGUGACACUAAAGUUACGGUGGAGGAAUUAAUGAAAGAACUCUGGAUAUGGAAGAUAAUUAAUAUUGUGAUCUUGGUGAAACAGAAUAGUGAUAUAAUUGAGAACCUUAAUAUAUAUUCCUGGUUUCCUUAUCAACCACCAUCAGGUGUGUGCGGUCAAAUGAUGGAAAAAGUACUUCUAGAUACAUGGGUAUCAAAUGAUACUUCUGGAUUUUUAAAAAGAAAUACGAAUUUAUUCCAGGAAAAAAUUCCAAAUAAAAUGAGUGGUUGUCCUCUAAGGGUACAAGUAGCACAUUUCCCACCUUACGUCAUAUUUCAGAAGGAUAACAAUUCUUUUGAAGACGUGUCUCCUUCUAUAGGAUUGGAUAUAGACAUGAUUCGUACUAUUGCCGAAGUUUUGAACAUGUCUCUGGAACUGGUACCUCUGUACGACACGUACCCUUGGGGUAAAAUGAUUAACGGGACGUGGUUUGGACUGAGGGGAGGGUUAAUGUACGGCAGAGCAGAUAUAGCUCUUGACGCGUGGUCCAUUAACUUGGAAGAUUACUUGCAGUUCCAGGGCACAGAGAGGUACUUUACUGACCACGUGACUUGGUACGUCCCUGGUGCAAAACCAAAAGCCCGCUGGAUGAGCGUUGGGCGUGUAUUCGCCAGGGACACAUGGUUCAUGUGUUUCUUCAGCAUCUUCGUCUCAGCGACCGUAUUCUGGAGCCUAGCUGCCACACAUUCCAAAUUUGAGGCUUCUCACAAGUACAGAAAUAUCUUCAAUUGUUUCUCUGAUUCUUGGGCUGUAGUUUUGGGAGUAUCCGUGCCUGAAAUUCCA